GUCUUAUCUUUCAGAUGAAAUCAUAGUAGUUAAAUAUAGCCCAUAAUGUGAUCCUCUAAUCUAUCUUAAAACUAGCACCAAACUCAACUUUCUCACAUUCCACUCACACCAUAAAUUUAUAGAUAUGUGGAUAGGCGUGCAAUGGGUGCUGUUUUGGUUGUUUCUACAGUGUCGCCCAUCAACUUGUGAUGUUCAUAUUUAUGUCAGUCCGCAAGGAUCGGACCAUAAUGAUGGGCAUUCUGAUAAAUUGCCAGUUCAAACGAUAUACAAAGCAUUUUCAAUAGCUGGACAGGCCAGAUACAAAGGCAACUCGGUAUUUAUUGAGCUGAUGCACGGGUAUUAUGACCUUCCUCGAACGCUGGUUAUAGCAAGACACAACACAACUAUACGGUCUUAUAAUCACCAAGAAGUGCAUGUGACAGGAGGAAAACGUAUUCCAAGUACAUUUGUUAAGCCUGUAUCCGACUCUUCAAUCUUAUCAAGAUUGACAGCAACUGCACGAACUCAUGUUCGAGAAGUAAAUCUUCACGACUUAGGCAUUUCUGAUUUUGGGAAGAUGGAACCAUACGGCUUAAAUGUUCACCGAAAUUCACCGCUUGAAGUUUUCUAUAACGGACAGCCAUUACAGUUAGCAAAAUGGCCAAAUCAAGGAUAUAUUGACAUUUCGGAUGUACCUGAUGGUAAAAAUGGUUUGAAGUACAGAUUCAACUCCUCUUCAGACAUACCUCAAUCUUGGCUUAAAGAGAGUGAUCCAUGGGCGUAUGGAUUUUGGUUUACUGGAUGGGGUGAUAAUGCUAUCAAAAUAAAUUCUAUAGACCCAGCAACAAAAACAGUAACUUUGACUCAAAAAGCACCACAAGGUCUACGCAAAGGUCACCUGCAGCAGUUCCGGGAUGGCGUGUCAAAUAUAGAAGGGGGUUAUUUUCAUUUUAUUAACAUUUUAGGAGCCCUGGAUGAACCGGGAGAGUACUAUAUGGAUAGGGACAGUGGAAAACUAUAUUUUUGGCUGCCAAAUAAAGAUGGAAAUGUCAAAGAAACGGACAUUAUUUAUAUUCCAAUGAUCAACGAUUGCAUUGGGAUAAGAGGACAUACACAGGAUGUCCAACUUCUUGACUUCACUCUCGAAGCUUGUCGUAGAAAUGGAAUUGUGGCACCAAAUGCGAAACGAGUACAACUUUCUAACCUGGAAAUAAGAAAUACAGGUGCUGGUGCUGUAAGUCUAACAGGAGAUUCAAGGGAUAGUGAAAUAUCUAAAUGUUACAUACAUGACACAUGUGGUGGAAUAUGGAUGUAUGGUGGAAACAGACAUAAACUAGACGCUUCUGGUAAUACUAUUAACAAUAAUGAGAUUGCACGAUUUUCUCGUGUUGGAGCUCUAGGAAAUUACGCAAUAACGUUAGUUGGAGUAGGGCACCAAGUUACAAACAACCAUAUCUAUGAUGGGCAGCAUGGAGCAAUACAGUUUUUGGGAAAUGACAUGGUCAUGGAGCAUAAUUUGAUUCACCACGUAUGCAUGAAUAUGUCAUCAUGUGGCGCAAUACGGACAGGCUAUGACUGGACAUUUCAAGGCAAUAAAAUAGCUUACAAUAUCAUACAUCACACUAUACGCCAUGUUCCUGGUGGUAUGUGUGAAGCCGUACUGCUCGAUGGACAAACCUCUGGUACCAGUGUAAUGUACAACUCAUUCUAUGAUAAUACACUACACGUUUUUAUUGGAGGUGGUCGCAAUAACAACGUUGAGAAUAAUGUUAUGUACAAUGCUGAAAUUGGCAGUAUAGACGUGGAUGAGAGAGGGGUUCACCAUUAUGCUGAUGCGGACUUGUUGAGAAAACUUCAUGCUAUGCCAUACAAGGACUCUGCAUGGAGUCAAAGAUAUCCCAAUUUGCUCAAUAUUGAAAUAAAGAACUACAGUUUACCAGAAGGCAAUCAAAUUAGUCGAAAUGUGAUAUAUGCAAGACCUCACACAAAACACAUCCUUGGAAUUACAACACUUAUGAAAACUGAUUUAUCCCGAUUCUUUAACAUAACUCAAACAGUAUUUUCAUCGGGAGGUCAUGACCAUUACAAUGUAGAAAGUGGUGACCUACGAGUUAGAUGUUUGGCUCUACAGCAAGCUAGUCAAAUAAACUUCACUCAACCUCCUUUACCGAAUUCUGUUGGACCUCUGUUCUCCCCAGUUGGACCCUACUAUUUAAACAGAAUUCGUUGGCAUUUAGUUAACACAACACAAACAUCCUAUCCAUGUACGACACAAGCACCGCCAAUAAACCCGCCAAAACCUGCCUAUCUACCAGACGGCUCGAGGAAAAAUGACCUUUACCCUGUCGAAAAUACUGGUUGUUGGCUUAAUGUUACAAAAUGUAGACACCAUCCUGCUGCUAUCGGGACCUACCGGGACAUGUAUGGAGAACGAUACAGAAAUGCCGGUGACAAUGAAACUAUGUGUUUUCGUCGGGCAUAUGAACAAUGGCAGUUUUGUGGUUCUCAUCGAGAUGAAAAAGUUGCUGCUAUUUAUGGUCCGACAGGUGCAACAACACUUCGUGGUGAGGGUUGUAUGACAGCUACAUAUGGUUGUCCAAAGCAUGGCGGUCCGGUUGAUAACCACCCUAAUUCUACACUUGGAAAAUAUCAGAACGACUAUAUUGGUGACCAAACGCAUACCGAGCAUGGGUGUUUGAAACGUGCAUUUAAUAUAUGGCAUUACUGCGGAUCAAGUUCCCAAUACCCAGUCACAAACGUAUAUCUUAAAACAGGUGCCAAGCUAACGGCUGGUGGGGGCUGCUGGAUCACACUCAAAUCUUGUCCUGCACAUACAGAUACCAAGUCGAUAUUCUACGAUGCAUUUGGAUCAACAAAUUUCCAAACAGAUGACAGUGAGUUUGCCUGCCUCAGUCAAGCUGAAUAUUACUGGAACUAUUGUGGGUCAGAUGUCAGGUAUCCAGUAACAGCUAACUAUCGUCCGACAAUCACCAGCAAGACUUACCCUUGAUCGCAAUACUUGCUUUACAAUGUCUAGAAUAAAUUAUAAGAAAAUAAUGAAGAAAUCAAAUAAAAACAGCAUUUCUGCCUA